AUGAAGAUGCUAGUAGGAGUCCUCGGCUUAAGCCUGGUGUUAAGUGUGUUUGCAGCACCGUUGGAUGAUUCCCGAAAUGCGGAGAUUUUGCGAUACAGCAGUGAAAACAUUGGUGUCGAUGGAUAUCGAUUUGAAUUUGCCACGAGUGAUGGUACCAGCCGGACGGAAGAGGCAGAACUGCGUAAUGCGGGCACGGAUAAUGAGGCGAUUGCGGUCCGAGGAUCGUAUUCCUACACCGGCCCUGAUGGUACCGUCUACGUGAUCAAUUAUAUUGCGGACGAGAACGGGUUCCAACCGGAAGGCGCACACAUUCCUAAGUAG